AUGUUUCGCCGAUUACGCAAAAACCAGGAUCACGACAGCAAAUCGCGAGACGACGACAAGGUUAUUGCCUCAAACCUUCGAGAACUAGGCUUGGCUGGCUCACGCGCAUCCAAAUCGAGCAGUCGAAGACCCCGAACUGGUAACGACUCAAAACCCUACACCGGAGGACAUUCCGUUAGCACCAAGUCCCUCCAAGGGCAAGAUUCAGUUUCCUCCGCCGGCUCAGUAAGGUCGGGUAAUAGCAACGCUUCGCGUCGAGUUGGUAGCAUUGAUAACAACGUCAUGGCCACCAACGCUGACCGCAGUCGUUCACGACGAGAGCGCACCUUUGUGGGUAGCGAGUGUGCAGUGUGUGAAGAACCCCUCGAGCAUACUCUGCGAGGUGAACGCAUCCUGCAAUUUUCCUGCACACAUGUCUCCCACGAGGCUUGCUUUUACGAGUUCAUUCGCGAGUUUGAGUCACAAUAUUGCCCAACAUGCGAUGCGCCCCUCCAUCUGGAUACCAGCCGAGGAGGCAACGUGAUUGACAUUGAGAAAAUCAGCAACAUGGUGCGAUCAGUAGGCACUGACUCUAGGUCUGCCAUGACACCAACACCUACGGCAACGCCGUGGGAUAACCAGCCAUCUCGAGCCCCUAGUGUUGACAGUAACCAGAGACGGCCUAUGCAGCAACAGCAACAGCAGCAACAACAGCAGCAGCAACAACAACAAUACGCUGGAGGUCGUGACAGCAUGGCCCGCGGUAGCAUGAGAGACAGCCGUGAAGCACCACUAUCAGAUCGAUAUGGACCAUCACGACAUGCUCGCAGUGAUAGCGAGGCUACAGGAGUCGCAUCAUCUGGAGGAUAUCCCGAGACUACACAGAGUGGACCCGCCAGACGCCACGACUAUGAUGUCCAGGCGAUGGAGACGACACCUACCAGUCCACGGCCUAUCACACGCAACCCUAUUCCGGCACCGAUCGUCACUGUCCGCUCAGAGUUUCCCACACUCAGCCGUUCGCGUCAACAGCAAACACUCACAUGCUUGGUUACUGUGGAGGUGCCCGAUAAUAAGUGGAGGCCGGAUCCCGAGGAUUUGGGUGCGCCGGCUCCGCAGCCACCCUCUAUUGCCAACCGCGCUGAGGAGGCUUACGGCCGCCCGCCUUCGCCUGCUCGCAGCGCUCCUCGCUUCUACCCUUACGAAUCGACAGAAGUUUUGGAGGAUAUGACAGACAGUCUGCGCAACCGCGUUGAUAACUGGCACGGUUUGGAUUUUAGCAGAUUCGGAAAAUUGAGGCUCUACGGUACCCUCCGAGUGGGUAAGGAUAAGGUAUCAUGGCAGGAACUGGAAUGUUUCCUCUUCGCCGAGAUGCUCAUCUGUGUCAAAGAGAAGAAGAUUCCCCAGGCACAACAGUGGGACGAUAAUGGCGCCUCACGCAAGACGACUCGAUGCACUCUCAAGGGCUCAAUUCUUAUUAAGAAGCAUUUGAAUGAAGUGUCGGAGACAGGCAACAUCGACGAAAACAUCUUGACUCUCAGCCUCUCGGUCGCCGAGUUACCUCAAUUUCACCUUCGUUUCGAGAACCGAAACCAACUCAAGUUGUGGCAGCAAGCACUUCUCGACCUUAACGCCGUCGAGACGUCUCCUGUUCGCAGCCCCGAGUACGAUCGCGGCGAGUCUGAAACCGACGAGGAGCUUGAGUGGCAGCGUUCGCGCCCACAGAGAGUCUCUUCGGCCGCAUCCUCCUGGGGCGGUGCGAGGUCUACUACAACCGCGCCCACUGAGUACACCAACUUCCCCAGAAGCCCAGCUAUGGCCAAGUCGGUCCAUGUACCUAUCGACGUUGUUGUAGUUGUGCCUAUCUCCUCUUCCAUGCAGGGUGUUAAGAUCAACCUGGUUCGGGAUGCCCUCAAGUUCAUGGUCAAUACCCUUGGCGAGCGCGAUCGUAUGGGUUUGGUUACAUUCGGCUCUGGCUCUGGCGGCGUGCCUAUUGUUGGCAUGACUACCAAGGCAUGGCCCGGUUGGAGCAACGUCUUGACCUCCAUUAAGCCUGUUGGUCAGAAGAGCCACCGCGCUGAUGUCGUUGAGGGCGCCAAUGUUGCAAUGGAUCUCCUUAUGCAGCGAAAGUACAACAACCCGAUCGCGUCCAUUAUGCUAAUCAGCGAUGCCUCUACCUCGGAUGCUGACAGUGUCGACUUUGUUGUCUCCCGAGCUGAAGCAGCCAAAAUUGCUGUCCACUCCUUUGGCCUGGGAAUGACUCACAAGCCCGAUACCAUGAUCGAGUUAUCGACAAGAACAAAGGCAUCCUAUACCUAUGUCAAGGACUGGAUGAUGCUUCGAGAAUGCCUUGCAGGAUGUUUAGGAAGCAUGCAGACAUUGUCUCAUCAGAAUGUCAAGCUCAAGCUCAAGCUCCCUGAGGGUUCCCCUGCCAAGUUCCACAAGAUUAGUGGCGCAUUGCAAAUAACCAAGCGAGCCACUGGCAGAGAUGCAGAAGCAUCCCUCGGCGACUUGCGAUUCGGAGACAAGCGAGAUGUUCUCGUUCAACUUGUCAUUCUUCCUGACAACAGUUCCCAGGAGCAGCUUCCCCAAGACCCAUGGGACAAUAUCGUAUCGGGUCUCGAAGCACUGGGCGGUCCUAUGGACAACGACAACGACAGAACGCUUUCUGUUGAAGAAGUGCCCUUGAUCCAAGCAGACCUCAGCUGGGGAGAUAUUCUGCGAGAGGGCACAAUCACACAUAUGCCUCGACCGUCGCUUCUGGCCAUCACGAUGCUUCCCAUGACUGGAGGAUCUAAGAAGCCCUGGCAAAACUCGCCUGCUAUCCCGCCACACCCUAGCAUUGUUCAGCGCCGUAUGGAGCUACUUACCUCUGAUAUGCUUACCCGUGCUCUUACUUUGGUAAGCCGCGGCCAGCAUGAUCGUGCUCAUACUCUCUUGAAUGAGACUAGAUCCAUUCUGAAAGGUCUUGGAAAGGGCGGGCUUCCACCGGUGCCUCCUCCUACCAAGUCUUUGCCUUCAGCUCCCUCUACUCCCCAUACUGCAAACGACGCCUCACCAGGCCAAGCCGCGACACCUGAUGGUAAACGCAGCCCCUCACCACCUGCCUCGGCAAUCUCUGGUGCCAACGGCUUUCAAUCCGGGCAACUGGGUCGCAGCCGUUCCAACGAUGGCCUUGGGCUCGGUGUUGGAAUCGACGCUAACACUGUGGCGGCCCUCGAUGCUGAACUUGAGAGCAGUUUGGAGUGGAUCAACCACCCUGCUGUAUUCAGCCGUGACAGCCGUAAAGCCGUUUUGCAGGCCAUUGGUGUGAUCAGCUCCCAGCGUGCAUUCACCUACCGCACCCCUAUCGAGGGACUAUGGGCCGGCCGUGUGACCGGUGUAAAGAACCUUACAGAGAGGAGCAGAGAGUGGCGUGAAGACGGUGGUGGUGAGGGCGGAAUCACCGAGGAGUCUUAG